AUAUCUAGAUCUAGUCUACGCAGAUUCAACCAAUGCCGUUAGCCUACUCACCAGAAGCGAACCGUUUAAGUUAAGAGUAGGCCUUAUAUAAUAAUAUUAAUAGUAGAUCUAGAGAUUCUAAAUAGGUUUCUAGAUUGUUUUUCCAGAUUUCUCUUGACUCUAAUCUAAGAUAUAGAUCUAGUCUAGAUCUAGAAUCUAUAGCUAGAUUCUACUAGCUAGUUAGAUCAGUAGAUCUAGACUAGAUUUAGAUACUCGAGUAAAUUUUUAGGCCUUAGGGCUUAGCCUAGGGGUAAAGCAGGGCACUUCACUAAGACGUGACUAAAUCUCAUAACCUGUGUUUUGGCGUGUCUACAAUCUGCUGUAUAUUAAUGCUCUAGUCUGCAAUGUAACACGUGCAUUACAGUACAUCAUGUCUGAACUAGCUAAAAAGAAAGAAGAUGCUAAGAAAGAAAUUAGGUCCUUACUUUUGUCUGCACCAUUGGGGCUGACUAUACAAGAAUUAAGGAAAGAUUACCUUGAAUAUAUUGGCCGAAGACUUCCAAGUAGAGAGUUGGGAUAUAGCAAUGAUGAUGAGUUUUUGGCUGAACUCACCGAUGUUGUUGAGGUGUCAUGGAAAGGCAAUACUAUGGUGCUUACUGCUGUGUCUAAUGCAGCCACUGAACACAUCCACAGGCUAGUGGCCAACCAGAGGAUAGAUCCAAGGAAAAAGAGAAACCAAAAGAAGUCUUUUUCUUUCCUGGCCCCCUAUGGCAAUAGAUAUCCUGAGAGAGGACCUCCAGCUUACAAUGGCUAUGUCAGUAACUGGAGGAACACAACACCGCCCAGGUUCAGAGCACAGGCCAAGCACAGGACAGUACCUUGUGUGCCUGCACCAGUACAGAAACAAAUCAAAGAACUUCUGAAGAACCACCCCGAGGGCUUGCCCUUUACACACUUCACUACAAUAUUUCGCUGUCGUUUUGGUGUGCAGCUUGAUUCCUUCAGCAUGGGAUUUAACAGUGACCAGGAGAUGCUGAGCAGUCUAAGUGAUAUUCUGGUGCUGAAAGAGUUUGGGGACCACAGGAGGAAUGAGUGCGAGGUGAGAGUUGUGUCUGUGGAGGCUGCCAGGGCCAUGACGAGCCAGCCACAUGAGAGGAAAUAUCCCCAGUCUGCCACUUACAAUGGGCCUGUCCAGAACAACAGAGAUCACACUGGACAGAUACGAGAGAGUGUUGUCAAGUCUCAAAGCCCAGACUUUGGGCAGAAAAAAGAGAACACCACCAAACCUGUAAUCUCAGACCUAGGGCAGAAGAGGGAGGGCAUAACCAAACCUGUAAUCUCAGACCUAGGGCAGAAGAGGGAGGGCAUAACCAAACCUGUAAUCUCAAACUUAGAAGAGAAGAGGGAGAGAAUUGUCAAGCCACAGGAAGAAGAGGCUGAGAACUAUUGUUGUAAUAUACCAACAUUUGUUCAAGACAACAUUAGAGAGAUCAUUUCAAGAAGACCUAAAGGAAUAUUUUGUAGUCGUUUGCCCCAUGAAUAUAAAAAUUUCUUUGACAAAGAGCUUCCUUUCAAAACGUAUGGCUAUAAUAGCGUAAUAGAAUUUGUAUCUGAUCUCCCACAUAUCAUUCGUAUAGAGAAACCUCACCCAGAGGGCGGCUGGAUUCUUCAUCCUGCAGAAAUGUCCUCGAAUGAAUCCACUGUCAAACAGGAAAGCAAAGAAGAGCAGGGAAGCAAACUGAAUUACCUUGGAUACAUACCAGUUGAUGAAAAUGUGAAAGAUGCCAUCGCCCAAGUCCUUUGCUUAAAUCCUGAUGGUAUUCCCAUAGAAAAAUUUCAAGAUACCUUUAAAGAAAUGACUGGCAAAGCUCUAGACGUGGGUAAAUAUGGUUGCAAUGGCUUGAAGACAUUGCUACAUAGUCUGCCUGAUAUUCUCUACAUCUCCAUCAAUGCUUCAGACAAAACAAUUGUGUGUCCAAAGAUGGAUCAUGUUCCUAGAAGAUUUGAUAAGCUGCUAAGUCAGUACCAACCAACAUCUUUAGAACAGAAUAUGGAGUCAGCCCAACAGUUGCCUGGUGAUGCUGUAAGUCCAGGCUGCUGUUUCCGAGCUCAGCCCCUCCCCUCUCUGAGUGUGGACAGAUACAUUGAGCUCUAUGUAUCUAAUGUGGUGUCUCCAUCUGUGUUCUGGGUGCAGGUCAGAGGUCAGGCUACCACUGUGGCACUGGAGGAUCUUAUGGAUGGUUUAGAGACAGUCUACUUUUCAAAGCCUUGCAAAGAUUACCAGAUGACCCCAAAAUUGGCUAAAAGAGGAAUGGUCUGUGCAGUCUUAUUUCCCGAGGAUGGUUUCUGGUAUCGUGGUAUUAUCCUUGGAGUCAAAGAUAAUCUUUAUGAGGUCUACUAUGUUGACUAUGGUAACACUUGCUUUUUAAAUAUCAAGCAAAUGCGAAUUCUAAAAUCCAAAUUUAUGAGUCUGCCAGCGCAAGCUAUUCGUGCCAGACUGAGUCACAUACAGCCAGCUAAUGGGAACUGGGCCCCCAAUGCCAGAGAUCGUCUGUUAGAGUUGUGUAGAGAGAAGCCACUAGUUGGGCUAGUUACAAGUUUUAAGGAGGGAGUUCUUUCCCUUUGCUUGUCUGACACAACAGGAGAGGAGGAUGUUCACAUCAAUGACCUGAUGGUGGAGGAAGGUUACGCCAAGUUUGUCAGGGACCAGCCCACAAUGGAGAGUGACUCUCACACGCAGGCACCCAGCAUGGACCUGCUGUAUGGCAGAGCAUCUGAGGCCGUGGAGGAAGACAGCUGUGAAGGUCAAGGCCAGAGCCCUGAACCUUCUCCAUGUAGAUAUGUCAGACAGGCCCAAGUAACAGAUGACUGUAACAUCAAUUUGAUCAACCUGGAUGGACACUUGUACCUGCUGUCUUCAGAGAUCUCAAGCUUUUUCUUUGAAGAGGACAUCAUUAGUGCUAAGCUGAAGAGUGCCAAUGCUGAUGUGCCUAAAGUGAUAGUCAGCAGGCACAAGUACCCAGAACUCUUCAAUGAACUCAGCAUGUAUGGUGUCAAGAGUGUUACAGAAGACAAAAAAUUAUUAAGUCUGUUUUCAUUAACUGCGGUGCCAUUUAUCAUUGAACUCUAUGGGAAGAAUGCUGAACAUGAUGACCUCAAGUCCACGGUGCUAGAGAUUCUUAAUUGGUUUGACCCUGAUGACCCUUACUGGAAGGGAGAAGAUGAUAACAGCUCUGUGACAACUCAGGAAGAAACUACUAGCGUAGUUGAGGACCCUGAUGUGCCUGGCUUGGAUGACCUUCAACUUGUGCUUAAUUCUUUGAAUAUUAAACGGAAACGUAUCCUGAACACAAUGUUGACUGAGGUGCCUUGCUCGCCCCAGCAUGUCAAUGAGCUGAAUGAGGUGGAAUACAAAAUCAAGAAAGUUCAAAAUCUGAUCAACAACUUAGACCAGACAUCUCCAACCAUUGGUAAACGUGAAACAACUGAACCAUCAUUACCAUCUGUGGUGAGCACCCAGAUGAAGUCGACCCAGAAAGUUGCCCCCAUUGUCCAGAGCUCACAGAGCAGCCAGCCUGCAGGGUUAGACACAUCUGUGCUGGUCCAGCAGCUGCUGCUGCACAGACUGAUGAUGGAGCAACUGGGCAUGUCUAAAGAUCCUGCCCUUAUUCAAGCAGCCUUACCUGGGCUGCCUUUAGGACUUGGGUUAACCAACCAUCCACUUCAGCAAGGGUUAACCAACCAUCCACUUCAGCAAGGGUUAACCAACCAUCCACUUCAGCAAGGGUUAACCAACCAUCCACUUCAGCAAGGUUUAACUACCUUACAACAGAGCCAUCUACAACAACAAGGCCUCAACACACUGGGUUCUUUGUCAUCUUUAGGUGCCCUAGGCCAACAUCUACAGACCAGCUUGCUGCUCCAGUGCCAGAAAGAACAAGAGAUCCAGGCCCUCAACUCCAGACUGGCAGCCCUAGGUCUGGCACCAGACCAGCAGCAAGUCUCCCCAAUGCUGACUGACAUGUUGUUACACAACAGGCUGGGCAUGUUGCAGGAGCAGUGGCAGGCAGCAACUCUGAACAAAUCAGAUGGAAGCAAGCAAAAGGGCAAAUAAUCUCCCUUCUUGCUGUGGCAAUAUUAGUUUCGGUGAUGGUGGCUGGUGCAUGUCUUGUAUAUACGUUACUUCUUUGUUUAGACACACUGAGGCCACUUUGUGAUUCAGCCAUAUUUUGGGCAUUUUAUUGAGAAUAAUUUGAUUUGUUGGAGAUCUUGAACUAUUGUUUUGUUGAUAUUCCAAUUAAAAAUAUGUAAAGAAAACGUGUGUUUUGGAAU